AUAAAUAAAAUCUGUAAUGCAAGUAAGCCCAGAAUUAUAACUGUAAACGGUGAGGCCCAUGCUAAACCCGAGCUAUGAUCUCGUGAGAUUAGGCGGUGGGUUAAGAUCAACGGCUGUGACAGUAUCAAACAAUCGGACGGUUGAUAUGCUUUAUCACUCGCAUAUAAAAAGAAAACUUCCUUCUCCGUUCUCUCUUUGCAGCAUAGCAUCCACAACAAAUAUCGAAAGCAAGAGAGAAGAUAUACAUAGAGAGAGACUAGAGAGAAGACGAUCAAUGGUGUUACCUGGUGAGGGAGACCGGAAGCAUGAGAGACCGACGAAGAAGGCUCUCCACAAUUUCAGGUUCCCGCACUUGAAUUGGGGAACUCAGCAAACUAUGAGGUGCGUGAAGGUCGAACCUCACGGUGGCUCCGGCGGCGAGGAAGGGAUCGAGGAGUUUAGGGAGAAGAUGAUGUCGGACAUCAGAACGGUGAGAGAAUCUAUAUUUAGACAACACAAAGAGGAGGAAGAGGACACGAAGGAGAAAGAUGAAGCAGAACAGCCGAAGAAGGAGACGGAGACGGAGAGGGAGGUGUCUCCGCCGGAAGAGACGGCGGAGGUGAAGAGGUGGAACUUAAGAAAGAGAAGAGGAGACUGUGAGGAUUCGUUUAUAGGAUUAGGGUUUGGGUUUGUGGAGGAGGAGAAAGUGAAUACGUCGAUAAGGUGCAAGUUCAUCUUGUCGCUGACGAAGAAAGAGGUGGAAGAUGAUAUGAUUAAGAUGGGUAAAGCACCACUGCGACGACCCAAGAAACGUCCCAAAGCGCUUCAGAAAAAGAUCAAUUUGCUGCAUCCAGGUUUUUAUUUUAGUGAGGAAGUUACUGAAGAUAUCUACCAUGUCUCGGAUGCCGCCGAGAAGGGGAAGGUAACAUCUUUCAUAAUCCCAUGAUUUUAUUUUUUUGACCUAUUUCGUAUUGUAACUAAUCAUGCAUAUUUGUUUACUAAUUCUGUAGAGAUGAUGGUGACGAUGAUGAUGGAUGGUUCUAGUUGAGGUUUUUUUUUUGCUGACUUAUGGAGUUUCUUGAAGUUGGAGUGUGAUCAUAUGAUUGAUAUCAGAAAGUUGAAGCCUAAGAUGCUUUUCUCAGUUUUGUUUUUUUAGCUUUUCUUUUGUUAGAAUUUGAUUUUGGGAGAAGUAUGUAGGUUCUGAUGUAGUUUGAAUAUUCUCUUUUUUUUUUUUUUCAGUAAAUCAGCAAACGAACAACCUAAAAUAGAGGAUUUAACAUUUUCACCAAAUCUUGCCUUUUGUGACUAUCCAAGAUACAUAGAUUUAGACCUUUGGUGUCAUGUGUUAUUUAGACCAUCCCUCUAUUGUCUGAUUACUGCAAGCGCGCUUGCCUACCAACAAUGAUCGUUUAAGUUGCUAACGCAAUGACAUUUUCGCUUGAUCAAGACUUUUUUGUGAGUGUUUUUGCCGUCAUGAUUCUCUUUUGGGUGCAUUCUCUGUAAGAAGCUGCUACAUCGUUAAUUCAUGGAGUGUGUGCUAACGAAAAGUGACCUAUUUAGUUCCGUGUGUGUGCUUUUCUUUUUCCGUGUUUGAUUGUUUUCGUGAGCCUGAUUCACUGCCUAGCGGUUUUAUGUUUUCCGGUCUGGUUCAAUCCAGUUAACCAAACGGUUAUCAUCGACUUUACUUGUAAAAGCUUACUUGUUUCAAACCAACGUACAAAACAAAUAUGGUAGUGUUUUUUACUUUUUAUAAUAUGCUAAAAAUCGAUCUUGUUAUUGCGUUUCCAUUAUCGGAGAAUUUCAUAUAUAAUUUAAAUGCACUAAUUAAAUAAUAUUUAUACUUAUCGGAUAAAUUUUGCAGUUGAGAUUUCUAGAUCUAUAUCUAUCUAUCUAAAAUAUAAAGAUAAUUCUUUUAUAUUGUGUUGUUAUCUUGAAAUAAUAUUUUAGAUUUUUAAAAUAAGAUAUAAUUAAUGUCAUUGUUACUCUUAAUGAAUUUAUAUUUUUUUAUUAUAUAAUUAAAAAAUAAUUAUAUAUUAAUAAUAUCAUAUUUUAAAAAGUGAAGAUAAUUUUAUAUAUUGUGUUGUUAUCUGAUUCUUAUAUAUAUUUUUAUUAUAUAAUUAAAAGCGAAUUUUAUAUUAACAAUAUCAUAUUUUUUUAAAGAUAAUUUUUAUAUAUUGUGUUAUUAUCUUGAAAUAAUAUUUUUCUAUUAUAAAAAAAUUAAAAUUUAAAAUACACAAUAUAAUCAAAUAUUAAUCAAGAAAAAACAUUUGCAUAAAGAUAUUUUCUAAAAUAUUUUUAAUAUGUGAAUGUUUCUAAUGAAAGUUUUUCUCAUAUAUAAAUAAUUUGAUGUUUGAUUUAAAUUUUUUAAAUACCUGGAUAAUAAUUUAUUGUGCUGAGUUGAUUUAAACUAAUAAAUAUAUUAGUAAUAAAGUUAUAGCACCUAGUUUACAUUAAAUAUUGAAAAUAAUAGUUAUAUCUAGCUGGUAUUAAUUUGAUUAUGUGAAAUUUUAUCGGAGUCAGUUCUAAGUAUUAGAAAGCUGGAAACUAAAAGAAAAAACUGAGCCAACCUCUCAUACUUUCAACAUUUAUUUGAAAAGCAACCAAUUUGAAAAUUUGAAAACAAACCCGAGGUAAGAGCAGCAAUAGUAUACGGCGAACUCUAGUUCGAACCCCGCUGGCCACACGGAUAUGGGCUAUUGCUUUCGGUUCAUUUGAAUGCCCAGGAGAGGGUCUAUCCGUGGGCUGUACCUCCACCCGGAGGUUAGGUCUGUGUCUUUAAUAGACCCGGGUUUAACCCUUUUUAAUUCAAAAAAAAA